AGCUUCAUUGGUCAGCGCCUCUCUUGAAUGAAGCGCCGCAGAAACGUGCAGGCAGCGGGCAGAAGGAAGCUGUGUGGGCCGCCGCAGGGAGCGACCGACGCGCAGCGACACGACCCCCGGGCGCGUUGCGGUGUGUGUCGGUGAACACCGUUUAUCCGUCGAGCAGAGGCAGUUGGCUCUCUCCCGGAGCUCCGCGUGUGAAUGAGGUUGAUGCUGCUCUGUUGCACCUGGAAGGACGAACGCAUGGGAGAGGAGGAAGCUGGAGGAAGUUUGCCCGUGUGCGCGGGAUGCAAACAGAGGAUCUACGAUGAGCAGUACCUCCAGGCCCUUAACAAUGACUGGCAUACCGUCUGCUUCAGGUGUUGUGAGUGCAGCGCCUCGCUGUCCCACUGGUAUUAUGAAAAAGAUGGCCGGCUCUUCUGCAAGAAGGACUACUGGGCCAAAUUUGGGGAGCUGUGCCAUGGCUGCAACGACCCGAUCACCACUGGCCUCAUUAUGGUCGCAGGGGAACAGAAAUAUCACCCAGAAUGCUUCACAUGUCUGAACUGCCGAUCGUUCAUCGGUGAUGGAGACACAUACGCUCUGGUGGAGAGAUCUAAACUGUACUGUGGUCACUGCUACUACCAGACCAUCGUGACCCCGGUGUCGCUACCGGACUCGCCAUGCUCACGGAUCCCUCACACGGUCACACUGGUGUCCAUCCCGGCCUCCGCUGAUGGCAACAAUGGACGCAAAGGGCGCGGUUUCUCCGUGGCGAUUGACCAGCCGCUAAGCCCGACCAACGGCUACAGUCCCGAACAUGGACACACCGUCAGAGUCUCCCAGGUGGAUGCCGACUGCAUCAGCCCAGAUGUGAAAAAUUCCAUUCACGUUGGAGACCGGAUCUUAGAAAUUAAUGGGACGCCCAUUCACAACGUUCCUCUGGAUGAGAUUGACCUGCUGAUCCAGGAAACGAGCCGGCUGCUGCAGCUCACCAUCGAACACGACCCUCACAGCCAGUCGGGACAGGAGGGAGGCUCCUCGGAGGCUGAGGACCAGGUGGACGGUCCGUUGUCCACCCCACUGUCAGAAGGGCCCAGCCCCAUCCUACCCAUCACCCAGCCUCCCAAUCCAGACAUCAGCAACCUGAAAUCCCGCAUCAUCACGCGAAGUUACAGCACUGAUAAGUCGCCUGGAUCCAGCAAUGCCGCGUCACCAAUCUCCCAGAGGAAGGACAUCAAUCGGUCUGAGUCACUUCGGGUCGUCUCAAACCGGACUCACCGUAUCUUCCGCCCAUCUGACCUCAUCCACGGAGAAGUGCUGGGGAAGGGAUGCUUUGGACAAGCCAUAAAGGUGACACACAGAGAGACGGGUGAGGUGAUGGUGAUGAAAGAGCUGAUCCGCUUUGAUGACGAGACUCAAAAAACAUUCCUCAAAGAGGUGAAAGUCAUGCGAUGCCUGGAUCACCCCAAUGUGCUCAAGUUCAUCGGAGUCCUCUACAAAGACAAGAGACUCAACUUCAUCGCAGAGUACAUCAAAGGAGGCACUUUGCGGGAAAUCAUCAAGAAAAUGGACUCAAACUAUCCCUGGAACCAGCGGGUCAGUUUUGCUAAGGACAUCGCUGCUGGGAUGGCAUAUCUGCACUCCAUGAACAUUAUUCACCGGGACCUGAACUCUCACAACUGUCUAGUCCGAGAGAACAACACAGUGGUGGUGGCAGACUUCGGGCUGGCUCGACUCAUGGUGGACGACAAGAACGGGGAAAAGCUGACGCAGGGAAAGCUGUCUGGCAUCAAGAGGCCCGACCGCCGGAAGAGAUACACGGUGGUGGGAAACCCCUACUGGAUGGCUCCAGAGAUGAUCCAUGGGAAGAGCUACGAUGAGAGAGUAGACAUCUUUUCCUUUGGUAUCAUGCUCUGCGAGGUCAUUGGCAGGGUGAAUGCUGACCCCGACUACCUCCCCAGAGCGACGGACUUUGGACUGAACAUCUCGGGUUUCCUGGAGCACUACUGUCCCACCAACUGUCCCCGCGCCUUCUUCCCCAUGGCUGCUGUGUGCUGUGACCUCGAUGCAGACAAACGGCCUGCUUUCUCGAAACUGGAGGAGUGGCUGGAGAACCUAAAGAUGCACUUGGACAUCGGUCUGCCCCUGAUGUCCGAAGUGGAUCAGCUGCACAAGGCCUUCUGGGAGCACCACAGCAUAACACGUCCUGAGAACGGCCUGCACACCCACCCCAAGCAGCCAGAGUAGACCCGAGCAUAACAGGGACAAGUGGGACGUUAUCAGUAACCCCCACAGGGGUGGCGACCACCUUGCCUGGAUUGGCGCAGCGGGCGGAGGAGUCAUGUAAAUACCCCUCCGUGUUUGCGGGAGCAGACUGGCUCAGGCUCAGUAAAUAGACUCAGGGGGAAAAAUGUCAAACUGAGAAAGCCACCUGCGCACACAUAUUGACUUUCAAAGUAAAAUCAAGAGACAUUAAUUAGAAUUGCUUGAUUCUGCUGCACCUGAAGCUACAAUGGAACACAUCAUAUGCAAUCAGACCCGACUUUCAAAUCACAAAUCAGCUCUCGAAUCAUGUAGAUUUAACUUUAGAGGUCAUACCAGGUCAAGAAUACUUGCUGUACUAUUGUAGUGUGUAUAUUCAUGUGGAAAUAUGAUCCCCCCGCCCCCACCCCUAAAAACAAUGCAUACAGCAGACCUUCACUUUAGGCAUCUACAGAAUAUAUUGUGCAGUAGGUGUUUGCAGGUUUGGUUUUGCUUUCUGUUUGGACGUCAAAGACGAGGGAGUGUGAGUGUGUGUGUAUGUCUGUGUGUGUCGUUUAGAGGUUUAGAUCGACUCAUGAAGCAAACCCUUUCAAGCUUUAAAUAGUUCACAGAAGAGCGCAUGACUGUAAAUAAUGCUGUCAGGGCAAAUCCUGGUUCUUCGUGUCCCUCUGACCUCAUUUGGUCACAAACCACUAAUCUACUUGUGUUGCUGCCCCUCUCCCCUAUUUCUUGUGUAGCACUGACUUUCACAUGGAGGUACACGCACCCCUUUUUGGCCUAGAUUUGGUACGUUGUCUCUCAGUUUUAAGAGCCGUUGGCAUAUCUCAUCCGCACCGACAUUUAAAGACUUAGCAGUGUACAUAACCUAUGACAAUGUAAAUGUUUUAAAUAUAGUAAAUGUACAGACAUAUUUUAUAUACGUACGCGACAUUGCCAUAUUUUUAUUGGCCGACCAGAAAUGGAGAGUAGAGGUUUGACUGCAGUUAAAAAGGCACAGCCGAAAGGUUUUUUUCUUCCCCCCCUCUUCUCUUUCUACAUUUCCACCACUGUGGCAGGUUUGGGGCUUUUACUGUUCGACGUAUGUGCAAUCUUAAUCCCUAAAACGUUAUUUUAAACCCCGUAAAUGUUACAUUUUCGUCUUUUCUCUCUAUCCGAAAAAGCAGCAGUCAACCUGCGAGCUUUUGUGUCGCCACAGAUGUCCGCUGGAAUAAACGUUAAAAUAAUACUGGAUCAAUCUAAUCGCAUCAAAUGGCUUUAAACUAGCUGAAACUCUAAGACUACUACAAUUAUAUGUGGUUUUGAGAGCAAUCAAGCAGUUCUUAAGGGUUCCCUCUUCUCUCGUGUACUGUACAGUAGUUAAGGUACUGCCUCAUUACGUCAGCUGUCUGUCUCACACCUCUGUCUCUUGUUUACAUGUAAACGCUGGCUGUAAAUAUCACUGUAGUCCUUCCAUUGUCUGUGUGCAUCCUCAGAAAUAAUCUCCUUUGCACCUUCUAACAUGAGACAUUUAUAUCUGUUUGUUUGUUUGUUUUUUUAAUCCUGCUGAUGUUUUCACAAGCUGCAUGAUAUGCUUGCUAGGUCUGCUCAGCUUCUGAACAGAGUUAUUUUUGUCUUUAUUUGAGAUUUAAAAAAAAAAAUUAUAAAAGAAAGACAAAAAGUGUAAACAGAGUAAGCCGGGGUUUUAAAAAAAGGAAAAAACAAAACACAGCAUCCCUCUCUCUCUUUUUGUUUUUAAUAGCUAUAUACCCACUGAAAUCUUUUUGUACACAUUUGAGUACUUUGAUUUGCACUAUAUAACCAAGUGGCUAUUUAAAGCCACGUUUGUUAAUUUUUCUCUCUUGGGCUACUUGUGAUAAGGAAAUAAUGUCAGUUCAGGUUGAAAUAUGAAUGCAAGACACUGAUAGAGCCUUUUAACUAUAAAAAAUGGGAUCCGGGAAAUUCAUCCUCUCGAUAGCAAACUGUACCGUGUUUGGAGCGUGCUUCUGAUUUAUUAUGAAGAUGCAUUUACACGGUUAAACUUUAAAUACUGUUUUUUGGCAGCAGAUUCGUCAACCCCUCCUCUCAUAUAUCUGAGGUAAUAUUGCUAAUAGUUUCGUUUCAGCACCACUUUUUCUACCUAAAUAAAGCUAAAGUUUCCAAGCUUUUGCUACCGUGAGGAUGAGAUGUCCCGGCUCUGCCUGCUGCCUACAGACCAGUCCUUUGCGAAUGAUGUUCUGUGUUGUUUCUGACUGCUUGUUCCAUGUAUGACGCCCACAGAGGAUGCAACCACUGCUGGUCUUUCUGACAAUAGAGCACUUCCUCACCUUUUCAUUGUACUCUUUUUGGCUCAGGGCCGUAAUAUUCUGGAGCUUUUUCUUGAUUCAGUUAAUCCAGCAGCUUUGCAGAAAACCGCUCCUCAGCACCGACACUGAGAAAACAUGUAAACUAUGUCAGUAUGUACGCUCGUAACACAAAUACGCUUCUGUAAAGUGAGCUCCUCCCAGUUUAUGUGUUCGUCCGUGGGCAAAUUUUCUUUCUCCAUCCCAGUCUGAGCCAUGUUGAGCAUGUUAGGCGUGUCUGUGAGGAAGUGUUGAUGAUCGCCGAGAAUGUCGCCGCAGCACUUCUUUGCAAAGGAUCGUUACCUCUGAACAAUGCUGUGCCUUUGUUGUAAGCUAGCCUUGCCAACGAUUUGAAAACAUGAACUGAUUUCCCUUUUUUUAAUGUAUCAUAAGUGCAAGCCUGAUUCAAGUGGGUUGAUUAUCGUUGCUGAAACCACGUUGUAUGAGAUUUCAUCUUGUUCUGUAACAUAUUUAUAUUUUCCAGAUCUCCAUUGUUAGUUUUGAUAUUUUCAUAUUUCUUUUUUGUCUUAUUUAAUUUUUUUCUUUCUUUCUUUCUUUCUUUUUUACACAAGCUGUGAAAACAAUUCUGCACUUUAAUCCUGAACGUUUAGACUCUGAGGAGGCAACUUUUUUUUUUCCAUUUUGUCACAGCUACAAAUAAAACUGUUGCUCCUUAAAAUAAACCAGGUGUCUGUUCUUCUUACACAAUACUAUGCAACAGUCUGGAGGCAGCCUUUGUUUCUUUAUAUGGUGCGAGGAAAAUGGGAAAUGUUUGCAGCAGUUUAAUGAAAUAUGCAGACAUGCAUAGAAAUACUGUAUAUAAGGCAACAACAAAGAUCCAAGCUUGAAAGUCAAUAUUUGUCUUGACCACUUUUAUUCUCCAACACGGCAUGAACAAGCAGCUUUCUUGUCAUUUGUUUAAGCAGUCUUCAGGAAUAGUUCUGGUUCCUCUGAAGUGAUGUAUAUAAAAAAUGAUGUGUCACUUAAGGCUUUUGUGCAGUAUUAUAUCUAUAUUCACUCUGCGAUUAACCUCCUUCCACUACUGAAGCACCAGUGAGCUCUAAAUAUGGUUGUUCCGAUGACAUGUGCUUAUCUCGGAGAGCAGUAUCAGCACUAGCUGCAGAGAAACUGUGUGGGCAACAUUAAAGUGAUAAAAAUAGUGCUUGUUUCAACUUGGGAUGAUGGAGGGAGUGAGUAUUUUAAAAAAGUGUUUACAAAGCAACCACCAGAUGUCACCAUGUGUCUCUUAUUAUAUCCGCUCAUCAUUUAGAUUCAUUUACAGUUAGCAGUAUACACCUGUCACUACUACUGUUAAAAACAAUAAACAAACACAGCAUGAGUGGAAGACAUGUUUACAGCUUUUUCUUAAAUUAAAGCGCACAGUUUAAAGAUAAUUGUAUUAAAUCAGAAACAGUCCAGCUAAAAGCAAAUAUACUCUUGUAGUACUGCUGAAGUCUUAAUAUUUAAGCAUGAAUUUCAGUGUUGAGUUGUGGAGGUGCAGUUUUCAGAUUCUAAAAUGAGAGUAUGUAAGUAAGAAAUUAGUGAGAAAUGCAGUUAUCACAGCUUCAACGAGGUGUCACCCUCAAGUGUGUUGCUUUGUCACAUCAACACUUUUCACAGAUCUUCAGCUGACUCCAAUCUGAGACGAUACAAACUGCAGAUCUUCAUGUCUGAGAACCAUGAAAGAGUUGAAGUUGUAUCCUGCUUUAUUCCCUUACUUGGAGUCACGGUUUUCAUUUUUAAUUAUAAAGAGAAGAUUCACAGUCAGAUUCUUAAGUGGUCUAACGGGCUGAUUAGUGUACAUCAAACAGUUGCAAGGGUUGGAUGUGCAGAACAAAGUUUAAAAACAGCUUUACUCCAGCAGCCAUCACUCAGAUGAACAAAUUGUAGCCUUUUUACUUUGUGGGUUACUGAAUGCUCAAAAUGAUUUAGUUCUUUUUUUCAAUCUUUUUGUACUAUGCUUAUGUUGUCUGCUGUGUGUUGAAACUGUGCAUGUGAGGAUUGAUGACUCAGGAUUACAGAACAAAUCUACCUAUGGAUACAAAUAAAGUAACCUGAACCUGUUUAUACAUCAAAAUCAAUUAAUUAUAGAUUGGCACUAACUAAUAAAUACACAUGUAAAAGCUCAAAUUUUAGGCUGGUUAGACGAAUGUUUCAGCCUAAGCUGGCAAAGCAUCUUAUGGGUGGAAACAGCAUCUAGCUACUGAAAAUAAUACUAUUUAAAAUAAGUAAAUUUCCCCCCAAAAUUUAAGUGCAAUAUUUUGGUGAACAUCUUGAAUCAAAGCCGGAUGUCUACACUUCAUAUGUUUACAAUACUUUUGUUCGAUUGUAGAAUUUUGAUAGACGGAAAUGACCCCCAACUAAUCACCGCCUCCUCCCUCAAAAAAAAAAUACUAAAUAAAGUAAAAACUAAAUUAAAAAAAACGGAGUUUAGCUUUGUCGUUAUUUGUGACGCUCCAACGUUCACACACACCUGUGUUUACCUGUCCUCCUCCGAUGCUAACAGCUUCCCCGGAGCGCUGCAGUUUAUUCCUCUGAGACGCACGUGACCGUUUUUCCCGACGCGCAUCCACGUGCGAUUGUUUUCAUUCCGACGAUGCUGCGGCAACCGCGGCUGCUCUCUGACGUCACCGAGCUGGCAGUCAGGAGGCGGCUCGACAGUUUGAACCGCGAACGGAGAGAGAGUGUGUGUGUGUGAGAGAGAGAGAGAGAGAGAGCGAGAGAAAGAGUGUGUGUGUAUGUAUGUGUAGACACGGGUUUGUCCGGUUACGGCACGCAGGCGAGUGUUUUACAGUCACUGUUCAGAUUCGGAGAGGAAAUUAAGGAAAAUACCGACGAAGAAGAGGAGGGGGGAAAAGAGAAGAAGAAGGUCGCGGCCUUUGGCGCUCAGUGAAACUUUAAGAUGGAAAAUUCAUCCAGCAACAGCCGGUUUCGGUCCGCAAUGUUCAACCACGAUGAUGAGGUAAGAAAUCCUUUUUUGCUUAAAUCCUACAACCACAGACAAAGUAGGGCGCUGAUGAGGCUAGGCUUGACCUUGAUUAUCUCACCAAAAUGAGGACACUGUGGUUUGUGGAUGUCAGGGCAUUUUAUCCCUGCUAGCCGGAGUUGUUGUUCAGUUUCAGAUCAGAAGUCACUUUUCUUUUCACAAAUUGCUCUCCCUCAUCUUGUUUGUUUUUGGUUUUGUUUUUUUUGCUGUGAAUACUUUGAGUGUGAAAUGGUCUGGGCUUUUCACCUGGCUUCAUGUGAAUGGGUGUGUUCACAGAGCCCAGAUUUUCUUGUUCCACAUGUUCUGCAGAGUGACAGCUGAGAAUCUGCUACAUGUUCCAGCUUUCUUUUUUUUCUUUUGUCUGUUGGAUGAUGAAAGGGCGACUGUAGACACUCAAAUAUGUAAAGUGAAACUUGGAGUCAGCAGCUCUCCUGAACCUGUGCUGCUGUUUGAGUGACUGCAGUCAAGUGUGAUCAGCAACCAGAUGACUGUCACUUUAGUGU